AUACCGCACAGUCGGACAGUCGUGCUGCGCCUGUCAGCGGUAGCUUCACCGCUGAGCUCGCGUAUUCCCGAUUUUACGCUCGGUGGCUCAGAUUAUUGUAUCAUUAUCGAGAGUUUUCCCCAGUGAAUUGUGAGUGUAGAUAAUUACACGCCUACUGAUGAGGUCGUUAGUGAUUUAUAAUCGAAUCAUGAAUUCGGAAUGAAGUAGGUGUUGAACGAACAUCCUGAAGGGCUUUAAAGGCUGCUCAUUACACCUGCUGUUAUGCUGAGGUUCACCCUUUCUAGUUUUAGUUGUAGAUGAUCUAAGGAAUCACACGGUACGAAUGAAACAGGAAAUCUAAAUGCUGCGCAGUCUUCUUGCAUAGCAUUCCGAGCUUUGGCCAUAGGCUCGUCAAAGAUGGCUACAAAUCAAGUGGAUUAUCAGUGGGCUUACUCCAUCAUGGACUCUUCCAGAGUUUCGACAUUUCUGAUAUCAAUUCUAUUGAUUGUGUAUGGUAGUUUUCGAUCUCUAAACAUGGAGCAAGAAGCCAGAGAAAGAGAAAAAGAGAAAGAACGAACUAAUUUAUUGUCAGGAAUAGUCAGCACCGGUGGCUCAGAUUGUGCCAAUGGUGGAGGAGUUCAAACUUUGGAAACUAUGCACGCCCUGUGCCUGCCCCUCGGUGCUUCCGUCUCCCUUUUAAUUAUGUUCUUCUUUUUCGAUAGCAUGCAGAUGCUUUUUGCAAUAUGUACAGCAAUCAUAGCAACAGUAGCACUGGCUUUCCUAUUGCUACCAAUGUGUCAGUAUAUCAUUCGACCUUGUUCAGACGGGAACAAAAUAUCGUUUGGUAUGUGUGGGAGGUUUACAGGGGCAGAGCUACUUUCAUUUUCACUCAGUGUGAGCAUCGUUUGCAUCUGGGUCCUCACCGGUCAUUGGCUAUUAAUGGAUGCCAUGGGAAUGGGUCUAUGCGUCGCAUUUAUAGCAUUUGUCCGAUUGCCUAGUCUGAAGGUUUCCACUCUUCUUCUCACAGGACUCCUCAUAUACGAUGUUUUUUGGGUCUUCUUCUCAUCCUACAUCUUCAGCACAAAUGUCAUGGUCAAGGUUGCAACGCGUCCCGCUGAUAAUCCAGUGGGUUUGGUAGCACGUAGGCUGCAUUUAGGAGGCGUUGCGCGAGAAGCUCCUAAGCUAUCUCUGCCAGGCAAGCUGGUAUUUCCCUCCAUGCAUCAAGCAGGACAUUUUUCAAUGCUGGGUCUAGGAGAUGUCGUUAUGCCAGGUCUAUUACUUUGUUUUGUCCUUCGCUACGACGCCUACAAAAAAAGCCAGCUAUUGCCAGGUGGUUGCGAAGCCGGUGUUCCUCCGCCCCGUCAUUUAAGUCGCAUCAGUUACUUCCAUUGUUCGCUGAUUGGCUACUUUCUUGGAUUACUCACUGCCACCGUCAGUUCUGAGGUCUUCAAAGCAGCCCAACCCGCACUACUCUACCUCGUACCUUUCACGCUGCUGCCACUACUUACCAUGGCUUAUCUAAAGGGUGAUCUACGUCGUAUGUGGAGUGAACCAUUUAUAACUCACCCACCUUCGAAACAUAUGGAAGUUUGACAGCUGUCACGAUCCAUGCCAAAUCAUAAUUUCCACCACAUAAACAUGUAUCGUGAGAGUUUUGCUGUUGUUCGACAUCAUUACCUUUGUUUCGUCAGCGUCAUUUUAUGUAAGUAAAACUAUUAAUUUUUUUUACUUUCAAAUUUUGAAUCGCACAGAACAGUGCAGUGUUAAACUUUCUUAAAUUGUUUUUAUUAUUAUUAUUGACGUCAUCAUGAUACGUUGACUAAAUAUUUCACACCAGAGAAUCUAUGCGAAUGGACUGCUUACUAUUAACAUAAUAUGGGUAAAUUACAUAGUUUUAUUUAAUUUAACAUAGAUUAAUAGCUGGUGAAAUUUUACUGGAUAACAGGUAGAACAAUAAUUGAGAUAUUAUAAAUCAAAUGUAUUAUAGAACAAAUCUUCUUUACGUUUUUUUAUCACAUUUUACAAGUGAUGUAUUUAGAUAUUUAUUAUUUUCAUUCUCAAUCUCCUCAACCAUCACUAAUCCGUACCAAUAUAAUUGCUCGUCAGAUAACACCAGUUUGCUCUCAGUUUGUGCGCAAGCUAAUGUAAAUACAAAAAUUCACUCCAGCGUUUAAGUUCUCCCCAGAUUAUAGCAUGGCUGUUCGGGUCUCGAUAACCGACGGUUGUCUAUGCAUGCUACACUGUUGUGAGACUGAUAACGUUGCAAAAAUGUUGAAAACGUCUCAAUCGCCUAUUGCGAUUGUUGAACAAAAAAAUUUUCAACCGAACUGAGUAGCAUUGGAAGAAUUAACUGUAAGCAUCAAAAUUCAUUUGAGAAUAUAGUUUUCUCAUCAUCGCUAUUGAUUGGCAGCAGGUAUUGAUUUAUUAAUAAUUUUUUGAUACUUUCGUCGUUAUUCCGUAAGACAAUUAUAAUUCGUGUAAGUAGUAUGUGGAAGUUUCAAAAUCUUUUUACCGUAAACGCUUCAGGGUCGAUGUUCUCCAAUAGACCGGAUACAUGAUCUUGGUAAAUAUUUACCUGUCUUCGUUCACGUAAUUUUUCUCCUAGAUCUCGGAGUCCUGUUGAGUUAUUGGUAGAACAGUUUCGUACUGUUAGGUGUAUACAUAUGUAUCUGCAGAUGGCUGUAAUGAUAUUUUAUUAAUAAUUAUGUAAUAAUUUUUCAAUUCCGCUAGAGUGGAAGUUUUUCAUAAUGGUAAUAAAAUCCUUUGAUUUUACCUGUACACUGAAUUCUGUUUGUUAACACUUUUGUAUGACGAAUUAUGAGUUUCAGAAAUAGCUGUUUGAUUAAUUGCUUGGAAAAUCUUUUGGAAAGUGCUUAUGAUUAUUGACAAUCUUUGGAAAAAACAUUGUCGAUUGAUCACAAAUCAUCAUGAUUAUACUCAAAUUGCUAUUUAUUUAGGUUUUUAUACUUUUACAUUUAUGAUUACGUCGUGAGCAAAGAUGUUGCGGAAUUUCACUCAUAGUUCAGUCUUGCAUCUUUUGGCAAAAGUUAAUAGAGCAGACAACUGAAUUAAUUGAUUUCGUGCUGAACAAAUUUUCCCUGUUAUCCAGUACCAGUAGAUCUGAUAUAUAUUUAGAUUUAAACAGUAAGGAUAAGUAACACAGAGAGUCUGUUUUAAUUUAUUACAGAACGAUUAUGAUUUAAAAUUGUACGUAACAUUAUACGAGGGUCGCAUUUAUGAGUGGUCAUUCGACAAAUUCAUACGUGAAUCCAGUGAAAAAGUGUGCAGGUUGUGACUUUAUUUUAAAACUGCUUUAGUUUCGUACAAAGCAAUUUUUCUGUACAUACAUAUAUUAUUAUAAUUUUUAGUCAUGUAAGAUUCCAGAAUUAUCGGACAUUGAAAAAAGUUGAAGCUCUUUAAACUAAAAUCGUUGCAUAAAUUGACAGAAAUAUGUUAGGAUAACCGUCACAUUGGUAAUGGUGUAGUGGUGAUAGGCCAAAAGAAGACAAUUCUUUUCAUAGUUGUUGGAAGUAUCAAAAAUAGUUAAAAAAUAUUAAUUACUUGUAUUCGUGAUAGUAUCUCAGAAUUAUAUAAGAUUCUUUUAAAAACUGAAACGUUCUCUGAUGCAUACUAAAAUUCGUAUCCUGAAGCAUGGUGGAAACUCAGUCAUCCUCCUUAUAGUUCUUUGCCUUGUUCAAUUUUAUUAUAAAUCUAUUAUCAGGUAUGAUCGACGGAUAAUAUGUAGCUUUCCUUAUCACAAACUCCUUGGAAACGUUAAUGGUUGUUGCACCGAUUAGGUUUACCUUAUCUGGUAAUGAGCAGUAGGAAUGACGAUUGGGGAAAAAAGCGGAAUAAUCUAUUUUUCUAUUAUUUACGUCUACAAAUUUAUUUAUUCCAUACUACACGUUAACCCCGUAAUAAUCUAUAAUGAAUCUUAUAGAUUAUAAAUUAUAGUAGCGCAUUGACAUCUUUAUUGGUAAACAAAAAAAAGAUGUAAUUCAUACGAUAGUGCAAUGAGCGAAUUGUGGAGAACAGUCGCAUUUUCAUUGUCUAUUGCAAACAGACUGUUAAACAGGUUCAACUUUCUCUUUGCCGGAUAUUUCGAGAAAAUAUCGCACCCUUGCAAGAGACUGCGCUAUGUUUCGAUUGUUGAUGUAAGUUUAAAAUUAGAAAUAUACGGUUUAAAGUAAAUCGAGAUUACAUACUGUAAUAAUAGUUAUAGAUUAGGUAUCGCAUAUUCGCCAACAGUGCUGGAAUCAAUAUCGUUAUUAUUGCAAGAAGCGGUAUGAAUCAAAACUCUUAGAGUUUUCUCUGGACCGGUUGAGAGAAGGGAAUAUAUAUAUCAUCAGAAAGAUUGUUAAGAGUUGAAUAAAUUUUAGGACAUUUAGAUUUUUAAAUUGCUGCAUAUUUCAUAACUGAUCUCAAGCUGGUUCAGUCUCAAUAGAAUUCGUAUCUCUUGCAAUGAAAUAAUAACCAUUCGCUGACACAUAAUCCAUAACUGAAAAAAUGAAUGUUAAUAGCUUCCAAUUGCAGUUGAGAUUUUAUCAUCAUAUCACACAAGCAUAAAAUGAAAUUACUCGAUCAAGUUUUCAAUGUUUUCAAGAUUUUCAUUGGAAACGUUUUAUAUGUUAUAUAUCUCUUAUUAGUUUAGAAAAUUCGGAAAGUAAUCAUUUGAGAUCAAAAACCUGUUGCUGAUCUGAAUUGUUUUGAUUCGAAUACUUUUUGAAUUUAUCAUUCUGUAACAAUAAUUCUGUAUGUAUGUCACAAUAUUAUACUGUAGAAAUAUUGAAUCGUGAUAUUUUAGCACUUUUCUUGCAGGGGAGCGAUGAGAAUACUGUAGAGAUUAUUCAUGACCAUAAGACUAUCACUUGGUUUAUAAAACACAUAAGACAUAAUACAUAUUAUUGGAAAGUACUCACGAGUUAACAAGUCUUAUACAAACUCUAAUCGAAUGCAUUUGCAAAGAAAUGAAAAUCAGACAAAUUUUAAAAGUAAUAAACUUCACCGAUGUUUGUUUUAAAAAAUCCGGUCAUCUAUCAAAUCCUUGACAAAAGGUUGUAUAAUAUCAGAUUAUCUAUAUAGUUUUUAUAAACCAAGUAUAAAGUUUAAAUUAAAGAGUCUAUACAUUAGCAUUACAAUUUACGCUAGUAUAAAAACAACAACAAGAACAAAUUGAAAUAAAAAUUGCAAAGUAAAACUUUAAAAAUCAA